AUGGGAGCCGGGGCGGGCGGGAGUGCUCUCCAUCUGGCACUCAGAGCAGGCCAGGACGCACUCGCGCAAGAGCUCCUAAGGCUGGGAGCUCCCACGAAGGCGAAAGACAACAACGGCGACACACCUCUCCACCUUGCUGCCGCCAGUGGCCUCGGCGAUGUCGUGUCCUUGCUUCUUCGUGACGGGGCUGAGGUGGAUGUGCUAGACAACAAGGGUCGGACGUCAAUUCAUCUCUCGGCGGAGCGUGGGUCUCCAUCCACCGUUCAAGCUCUGUUGGCGGCCGGUGGAGACCCGAGCUUGCGGUACGGGAAGGGCAAGGCAUUUUCGGCGUUGGGUCUGGCUGCUAGAGGUGGACAUGUUGAGGUCAUGCAAGCGUUGAUUCGGCACGGAGUGGACGUUAAUGCCCCCGACUCGAACGGCUGCACGGCCUUGCACUCGGCUGCGAUCGGGGAUGCGGUGGGUGCGAUCGACGUGCUCAUCGAGGCUGGGGCGAGUAUCGACGCUCAGGGUGGCGAGGAUGGAGAAAUGUACACACCUCUGCACGUGGCGAGCGAGAAGGGUUCGUCCGAAGCCGCACUAUCGCUGGUCAAGCACGGAGCGGACGUGCACAGGUCGGGGAGGAUGUCCAGGUGGGGGCGGAGUUGCGGCAAUGCUCUCAUCCUAGCUGCCGGCCGUGGCCACACCAUGAUCGUGACAUCGCUUCUGGCUGCCGGCGUGAAUGUCAACCUUCGCCCAGCAUACUCAGACAAGUCAGCGUUGGACGCGGCUUUUCAGGGAGGCCACGCCGACAUUGUGACAACCUUGAUCCAGCACGGAGCGUUUGUCGACGCCACAGACUCACGUGGGUGUACGGCGCUGUUCAAGGUCAGCCAUGACACUAACGCAGCUUUGAUCGAUAAGCUUGUGGCAGCCGGGGCUUCUGUGAACGGGAUGGCAGACCACCACGGCAAAACACCCCUCCAUCACGCGUGUAUGAAUGACUGCCCAGGAGCUGUCGUCUCGAUGUUACGGUAUGGGGCUCUUAUCGACGUGAAGGACAAUUGUGGUGACACGCCUCUUCACGCGGCAUCCAGUGCUGGGUGCUCCGAAGGGAUUCGCGCACUUGUAGAAUACGGGGCUGACAUCAAAGCGCUCAACGCCAAAGGCCGCACGCCGCUCGCCUUGACCGCCGAGUUCGGCUGUGAAGAUGCUACGGUAGUCUUGUUGGACGCUGGGGCAGACGUCAACGCUCCCGCUGACCACACCGAUGGAUCAGCUGCUCUGUCUUUGGCCACCUUGAGCGAGUACGUGGACGACACUAUGAAAAUCUUGAUUCAGCACGGAGCCGACGUAAACGCAAGGAACACAGAUGGGUUCACCGCUCUGCACCGUGCCGCUAUGUACAACGAGGUUGACGGCGUCGAUCUUCUGAUCUCGGCCGGGGCUAUCAUCGAGGCACUGGAUAAUCACAAGAGCACGCCUCUCGCCGUCGCGUUUCGGGAGGCCGUUUAUCGUUGGAAGAAGUACAACGGUGGUGCUGGGGACUUCGCGGCCAUGGUCUCCUUG